AAAAUACUUCACUGUCAAAGUGAUGUAAUCUGGUGAUCACAGAUGAACACAACUCAUUUAUAAACAACUAUGGAAGAAUUAGAUUUGGAUCGGUUGAUUGAGGUGCUUAGUUAUGCAAAAAAGGAUUUACCAGUGGAGUUGACUGAAAAAGCUGUCGUCGACACUCAACGUAAAGUCGGCAGUGGUAGUCACAAAGCAACAAUGCGUGGUAUUACAGAGCAACAGUUAUUAGAUCUUGCUCAAGCAGCACGAGCACUAUUCAUUAGUGAACCUGUUCUAGUGAGUGCAUCUUCACCAGUUAUGAUUGUUGGAGAUUUACACGGUCAACAUGGUGACUUACUGCAAUAUUUUAAACUUUGUGGUAAACCUCCAGAUCAGAAAUAUGUAUUUCUUGGUGAUUAUGUUGAUCGGGGUAAACAAUCCUUAGAAACUAUUUCUCUUAUAUUAGCGUAUAAAUUGAAAUAUCCUGACAAAGUGGUUGUACUACGUGGAAAUCAUGAAUGCAGCCGGAUAAAUCGCAUAUACGGUUUCUAUGAUGAAUGUAAACGUCGUUAUUCAACAAAGCUGUGGAAAGUUUUUACAGAUUGUUUCAACUGUCUUCCAUUGGCUGCAAUAGUUGAUUCCAGUAUGUUCUGUGCUCAUGGUGGACUGUCACCAGAUUUGAAGAAGUUGGAACAGUUGAAUGAAAUACGACGUCCAACUGAAGUUCCUGAUAUGGGAGUUAUUUGUGAUUUAUUAUGGUCUGAUCCUGAUGGAUCAUAUACAGGAUGGAAAGAGAAUGAGAGAGGCGUCUCGUACACAUUCGGUGAAGAUGCUGUACAUCGAUUUAUGAAAGACUGUAAUGUGAGUUUAAUUGUACGAGCACAUCAAGUUGUCGAAGAUGGAUAUGAAUUCUUCGCUGAUAAAAAGGUUGUAACUGUAUUCAGUGCAGCAAACUACUGUGGCGAAUUCGACAAUGCUGGUGCAGUAAUGCAAGUCAAUGAAGACUUGGUCUGUUCAUUUGUAAUUCUAAAGCCCUAUAUCAGUAGGAAGAAGAAACUGGAUGGUGAGCAGUCGAACCCAGAUGAUGCUGAGGAGAAUGAAAAUUCCAGUGCAUUGGACAAAGAUGAAAACGAUGCUGAUGAUGGUGAUGAAAUAAUAAUAAGAAGAAGGAGAAAUCUUGAGAUAGUAAUCGAUAGUUGUGUACAUUUAGAUAAUAUUCAAAAAAAAAAUUAG